UACACAAUAGCCACAGCUUCGUGUGCAGCAUUCUGUAACAUUUUUUAUUAAUGUUUUACAUCGCAAGAGUUAUGUAUUAUUAUGUGCAUAUUAUUAUUAAAUGAUGAAACUGUAAAAUCCCAAGUUCGAUUUGUAUUUAGAGAAAAAGUCAGUUAAAUUGACAGAGACGAUCGUAUAAUUGUUUAUUCGUUUCGUCUCAAAGUGCGGAAGGUGUAAUGCGGUGCAGCUGCGUAGAGCGGAGCUUCUCAUGGCUCUCGUCAACGUAGAUGAUUCCGCUGGAGUCCACCUUCGUUCCCAUGUUUCAAGCGUGAUCUUAAAAUACUUAGGUUACAGAGCUUGACAAGUCUCGUGUCAGACAACCAAAUAACAAGUGGUCGAACUUACAAUUAGGCAAGUACAGUCUAGGCCCGUUUAAAACGGAAAGAUUUAUGUUACAAGAACGCGGAGACCUAACCUAAAAAGCGACUUGACUCUCCGACCGGCAUGACCGUCGCGUCGAAAUCCAAGACGGUUCCCGGCAGUCGCGGGGAGCGCGUGACGCAAUGUGUGUCGCGAAAGUAGUCAGAAUCACAUUCGUUGCCGGACUCUCGGCAUUCUCCCUACGAUCGCACGUAGAUUCGUGCGCCUAGACGUGGCUCGGGACCUCGCACGUAGCGGCUACGACGGAACUUGUUUCGCUCGCGCGGGGCACGGGAGUCGCCGGGAUCAAAAUGUUCUCCGUCCGACAGGCGUUGCGCCUUGGCGCGCGUGUGGCUUGCGCUCGGCACGCGGCGUGCUGCUCCGCUCCGAUUUCCUGCGAGUCGAACGGGGCCGGGGCGCUCCGUCACGUGCGGCUCGCUCACGGGGACGCCGGCGACCGUGGAGAAUUGGGCAAGCUGGAGGGCAAACUGAGGCUGAUGUUCACGUGCAAGAAAUGCAGCACGAGGACCAGCAAGCUGAUCUCGAAGCUGGCGUACGAUAAGGGAGUGGUGAUAGUACGAUGCGACGGUUGCAAAAACAAUCACCUUAUUGCCGAUAACCUGGGCUGGUUCUCGGAGAUAGAUCGCAGGAUAAACAUCGAGAAGCUCAUGGCACUGAAGGGGGAGACCGUGCGAAAGGUGAUGAACGACGUGGACGGCUAUUACGAGGCCCUCUCGAAGGAGGAGUUCGAGCAGAGCCGGAAGGACGCCGGCGAGAGCAAAGCGCACGACGAAUGCUCCCAGAAAGUUAUGAUAGAGGAGUCGAGGGGGAGUUGAAGUUUUCCUCGAAGGCUAGAAAUAACAUGUUAGACGAGCACAAGAUGUUUCGUUACAAAUUUAUUGCGUAAUUUGUGAGUCUAUAAUAGUUAAAACUGAUGGCUGCAACUGUAAAACUGUAUACGAGUCGUUUUAGAAAAUACAGAAUGCGCUGAAGAAGUAUAUUAAUUUACAUUUAGGCGUGAAAGUAUCGUCGCGUUAGCUGGAACAUUGUGUCCUUAAAACAGAAUCCAUCCGUGGAUAUUAAUUUUGCAAAUACUUAUGGCAAACGAAACGAGUGGCGCACGCAAAAGGUUGCACGAGAAUCAACCUUACACGUGUAUAUAAUUUGUUUUAUAUAUUCCUAAUAAUAUAUCUGUUAAAACUAGCAAUACUUGUUCUAGAAAAUGAUUUUCGCUUAUAUAUCUGUUCAAUAUAUAUUCCGGAAUUCAUUGAUUCGUAGAGUUCUUAUAAUUAAUCGUCUAUAUAUAUAUAUAUGUAUCUUUUUACAUUGACAUUUCAAUGGUAGACCAUUUGUUUGGCACAAAGGACAUAUUAUUACAAACGGCUCCUCAACAAAUUCUUAAAGUCAUUGUUUUAUACAAUUUUGUAAAAAGAUUCUGUAGAUAAAAAAAUAUAUAAAAUAGUUGUUUAUUCUUACAUAUAUAUCAUUAUUGCAUCUGACUCGUGCGUCAUAAAUUUGAGCAUAAUGAAUAAUAGCGGUUUCUAUUGUACAAAUAAUAGCCCGUCUGCUAUUGUUUCACUAUUAUACAUACUAGAUAUAUAGUGGAUGUGAUAAUUGAACAGAAAUAAUUCUGGAUUGUUGAAAUCCAACGCGAUAAGUUUCAUACAAUUAAAUUUUGAUGCCUAUGUUCAGGCAAACGAUUGAUCCGAUCAACGUCGAAAGCACUAAUAUUCAUUAUGCAUAUGUAUAUCUAAAAUUGUGGCAGCAUACAUACUGUUAAAUAUCUAUAAAUUUAUCCAAUUGUGACGAUCCCUUCGUUCUCUUUUUACGAAAGUAUUUGUAUCAAAUUAUGUACAUCCUUAUAUCGAUAGUCUCGCAGUUGAAACGAAAUUUAUAACACGCCUGGGUAGAACGCGUUUUCGCAUUGUAAUUCAAUAAUAUAAUAAUAGAUACAAACGUGAAUUAUCCAUAUAUAUGAAUAUAACAAUAAUUAUAGAAUGAGAGCGAUAACAAUGGUACAAUGAUAGUAGAAUAGCAAUAGAAUAUAACUGUAAUAUAUGUAAUAAUAAAUUUCUAAGUACACC